AUGGGCUCUUCCGCAGACCACACAUAUCCUCAAACAAACCUCACAUGGCAAAUCCUCAACCAUGCUACCACGAAUGAGUAUGCCGUCGGUGCGUAUAAUUGCUACAACGCCGACGGCGUCAUGGCCGUCAUCCGCGCCGCAGAGCGCCAGCGCUCAGCAGCAAUAAUACAACUCUUCCCCUGGACAAUGCACUUCCAAGGCCCCGAGUUUAUCCGCUACGUAGUGAAUGCCGCGCAUGCAGCUACUGUCCCAGUAGCCGUGCAUCUGGACCACUGCAUCCAGCCCACAGAUGUCGAAAAUGCGCUAACGCUUCCUUUCGACUCGAUCAUGGUCGAUGCGUCGACAACACAGGACGACGAGGGGAAUAUCGCGUUCUGCAAGGGGGUCGUGGACCGUGCGCGGGAACUGAAUAUCACCAUUGAGGCGGAGAUGGGCCGUAUUGAUGGUGGGGAGGAUGGGCUUCCUACUGUUGAUAUGGGCGCGGCGCUGACGAGGCCGGAGGAUGCAGAGGCUUUUGUUCGCCGGACUGGAGUGCAGUUUCUAGCGCCUUCAUUUGGGAAUAUCCAUGGGGGGUAUCCGGCUGGGGGCGCAGAAAAAGCGUGGGAUCUUGAGAGACUUGGUGCCAUUGGUAGCGCAGUUGGUGCUGAGACUCCCUUGGUUCUUCACGGGACACAUCCUGUUUCUGAUGAGCUCUUCCUCAAGUCAAUAGUGCGUGGAGUGCGUAAGGUGAAUUUAAACCGGACAGUUAGAGACGAUUAUACAAAGUUUGUUGCUGAGAAAGCGGGGACACUGGAGCUGACUGUUCUGCAAGAGCAGGGGGUUGAAAUCUACACGAACUCUAUCGAACGGAUGAUGCGGGUGUUGGGGUCUGCAGACUGUUACUAGGACUAUAUAUUCAAUAUAAUGAUAUAAGAGUCUGG